GCAAGAAAUACAGCUUAAGCCGGAUUCGGAGACGUUCCCAGUCACCAUGCCCUGUUCACGUGUUCAUUCGAUUCCCAUUGGCUACGAGGAAAGGCGGGAAUAUGUUCUGAGCUAGACAGGUCAGUCAAAACACGCCGUUUACUGAGCGGCUGUGUUUGCAUUUCCCGUUGCAUUUUCCGUUCUGGCAUCCUUUGCGUUGGCAAUUUCUGCCCCCUCUGUAUUCUGCUUUGAGACUACACUCUUGACUGAUUAUUCCCGGUCGGAAUCUCUGGCAAAGACGGUGAGUCGUCUCUAUUUCCAGUUUUUUGUCGCUGCUUUGUGCAGCUGUGACGGGGCCCCCAGAAGUUCGGUUGUUCUCUUGUUGCUAAACUCUUACAGUAGGCGUUGCUUUUGAUUCUUAGUACGACAUGGCAGAAGUUGGUCACAGAAAAAGACGAAUACUAAUCAUAGGGCACUCGUUCAUACGCAGACUGGAUGCUUUUGUUGAAAGCAGAACCGAAUCAGCAUCAGGCCGAGUAGUGAGUAGAGAUUUUUGGUUGGAAAACACCGAUGUAAAAUGGAUGUCCUUGUCUGGCGGCAAAGUUUCGAACUUCGACCAAAUGUGUAAGGCCCUGCCAACCGUGGAUGAUGUCUACCUUGAGUUAGGGUCCAAUGAUCUGUGUGAGCUCUUCUGGGAGCCUGAGAUAGUGGCUUUACGCAUAGUUGGUAUGGCAAGUGUAAUCAGAAACCGGGCUAAUGCCAGACAUAUCAUUGUUGGAGAACCUCUCCCACGGGUAUUUAACCCACCAAACAUACCGUACAAUCAGUGCCUAGGUAGGUACCUUGACGCUUUGAGACAUGAGGUGGCCAACACUCCUCACAUGUCUACAUGGGCACAUGUCCGCCUUGUUAAUAGGCAUUGCCCAGAAUAUUUUGCAAAAGACGGACACCACCUGUCCCCUUACGGGAUGUAUCUUCACUUCAAGUCCAUCAGGGGGGCCUUAACAGCAACAAAGGGCAUUUAAUUCCCUCUAAAAUACAUUUUCAAUUGGACAUUUAUACAUUGAAUCACCCCCCACCCCCCUCGCCCUGGCCCCUCAACACGCGGUGAGUAGAACAAAAGUAACUUGAUAUUUGGCGACAUUUUUGAAAACUAACGAAAUCUUCAAAUGUUUUAAUACUCGUUUAUCAGUCAGAAAGCAAGGCUAUUCAUUUACAUUCCCUCACCCUACACUUCUUAGCCCCUUAUUGCCUGAUUGGCUCUUUGGCGGACUAAUAGACAGGAGGGUUUUGCAGUCAGAUUUCCCCUGCCACUUGUUAGGCGCGAUGGCUUUUGGUGGUGGUAAACCAGUACUCAAAUUAUGUUGGAAAUCUUAUAAUGUUCGCAAACUUGUAUGAUUGGCAUGUGACCUUUAUACGAAAAACCUUUUCACGAGAUAUAUGGAACCGUUGUCAUGGUAACCAUUUGGCGUGUUGCCAAAUAUUGAGAAUGAUACAUAUUUAUGUAAUGAUUCUAUGUUUUUUCCAUUCUGUAUGCCAAUCUUGACAAUAUACCUGUUUUUCCGCCAAAGAUGCCAAGUGUGUCAGUUGAAUUCUUGUCUCCCUGUCCUUAUAUCGGUCGGAGAAGUAGGCAUAAGGGGCUUUUCAUGAAAUGAAAAUACAGCUUAAGCCGGAUUCGGAGACGUUCCCAGUCACCAUGCCCUGUUCACGUGUUCAUUCGAUUCCCAUUGGCUACGAGGAAAGGCGGGAAUAUGUUCUGAGCUAGACAGGUCAGUCAAAACACGCCGUUUACUGAGCGGCUGUGUUUGCAUUUCCCCCCACACCCAACCCCUAUAGAAAAGCCAGAACGUCGACAACAUUUGUUGCCUUUCUUUUGUGCUUUGUUUUUCAUUUCACCUAUAUGUACUCAAGCACAAAUUUCAGAUCUUCAUUCAAAGUUUACGCAUAAUUCAAAUUCACAACAAACAAUACCGCAGAUGUACCUUCAUGUGGAUAUCAAUUUAUAGGAAAGUCGUUGGACUAAUAUCAAUGUCUGUUCCCAAACAGAUGUUGGUAUACAUAUCACGUGCCCUUUGUCCAGGUACCGUUUAGUGUACCUGUCCAUACUUGUGACUAUUUACGCAUGAUUUUGUCGGGGUACUAGGAAGAUACCUGUCCGUACAUGCGUCAAUUGCUUGUUUAUAUCACAUGAUCUUUGUUCACAAGCAAUUGUUUGAUUCACAUGAUCUUGUCGGGGUACGGGCCGGGUACCUGUCCGUACAUGUGAUUAUUUAACGCAUGACUUUGUCGGGGUACUAACAGGGUACCUGUCCGUACAUGCGUGGUUCACAAGUAACUGCUUGUUUUAUCACAUGAUUUUGUCGGGGUACCGUUACUGUACCUGUCCGUACAUGUGAUUUAUUUGGUGCAUGGCUUUGUCGGGGCGGGUUGUCCAAGAACCACAGUGACUUAAAUAACCUUUGUAUCUGACGGUUUGCUUUUUCACCGUUAUACCGCAUUUCUCAGAUACCCGGCAUGACACUCCAAUACAAUCGAUAUAACUAGGAAUGUGUCAUCAUGCAUACAAAAUUUGUCCUGAUGUAUUACUCUGCUCACUGUCUUAACGCUUUACUAUUGUCGAGCCCCAGUAAUGCCUCCAAGGAAGAAGGCACGCAAAGCAGCGAGGCCGGAAGCCGGGGAUGAUCCGUCCCCGACGGAGCGAGGAGAUCAGCCAUCUCCAGAGGAUGCACCCCCGCAACCUACUCGCAAGGCUCCGGAUAAACCCAAGCUGACAAUGAAGUUUCUACAAAAGCAACUAGAGGACUUGCAACAAGUUACUACGCAGAUAGCGAACAAACUGAACUCUACAAAUUCCAGUGACCCCCAGACUCCAGGUGCGUUACCAACAGACGGAGGGUCAGCAGGACUUGUAGGUCUUAACACCUCUCCUAGCUCAGUGACUGUAACCCAUGUAACCGAUACCCCUGGCGUGUUGCCAAUAGCUACCACAAGUGGGGCACUGGAUCCUCAGCCCCCAUCUCUUCCGUCCAUCAACCCAAACGCCCAGAUGCCAGGCCUAGGCUCGACCCUGGCUUCCAGCAUUCUAGGUAGAGCGGUUCCGCAGGAAAUACCCACACAUGGCAACUCAUCCGGUCAGGGUGCCUCCCCAUCUCCUGCCCAGCAGCUUAAUCGACUAGUCGACAACUUGCUUGUUCAAUCCUUAGCACCUUCUACAAUCUCAGCUUAUCGCCUGGCGUGGCAGCAUUUCCGUCAAUUCAGCCUUGAAAUCCACUGUACAGCCAAUAUCAAGCCCCCUAUUCCAGAGCCUAUAGUAUGCCAGUUUAUUUCCUACUUACAUAGUAAGGGAUUUGCCCCAGCGUCGAUAGCAUCUAAACUUUCAGCUAUAGGUUUCAUUCACAAAAUCCAAAAUCUACAAGACCCCACUUCUACUUUCGUCGUUCGCAAGUUGAUGCACUCAAUACAAAAGAACCACGUACCCGACGGAAGGUUGCCCAUAACGCCUCCUAUUCUUUCCCAAUUGAUUGAUGCCUUGAAGUUCAUAAAGACCACGUACUACAAUCAGUGCCUGUAUGAGGCAAUGUUCACGUUUAUGUUCUACUCUUUAGCUCGCAUAAGCGAAGUAACGGUAACUAAUUCUUCCCAACACACUCUGACCUUAGCGGACCUCAGGGGUAAUCUGGACUCUAAUAGUGGCCUAACUUCCUUCUUGGUACAGUUUAAGACGUACAAACACAGCAGUCCUUCAGCCCAAUCCACCAUCCAGAUCCAACCACACCCAGAAAGUCCGCACUGCCCGGUGGUAAGCCUUGCUAAGUACCUCCAACUACGGGGAAGGAACCCGGGGUACCUGUUCCAACGUAGGGAUGGUUGCCCUGUUACCAGCGAUAACUUUGCCAAGCCUUGAUACAUGGUGUGUUACCCAUAUGUCUGAUCAACUACAACAUUUGAACAGGGUGAGUUACCCAGAGUUCGAUAACAACAGUAAGUUCCCUGCUUGCAUCCUAAACCAAGCUACAUUGGAAUACAACGUUUAGGGUGCCCUGCUCAAGGUUAUGAUAGCAAUAGCUAGCUCCAUGCCUGUAUUGAACACCUGGCCAGUGCGGCUUUUAUGCCGGUAUACGGUGAGUUACCUUAGUUCUGAUAAUAACAGCUGACUAGUACAGGUUUGUUUGUUUUCUAAACCAAACUGGAUAGCAUAGCUAUACUCUUAUAAUAAGUAGAUUUGUUGAUUCUUAGUCCCUGAGUAGUCUCCCAGUUAUGAAUGUAUUACCUUGCGUAAUUCCAUACUACCCUACAGCACAUAAAUGUAUGCUAACUCAAUAGAAACUUUUCUUUCUGUCGUUGCUCCGUAGCGAAAUGUAUUACCAGGUGUCACUCCAUGUCACUUUACGGUAAACAAUUUUAUGCUAACGCUGUAUAGGGAAAAAACAGAUAGUUUACAAUACUCAAGGAUACGAAGUUAGAUUUAUAAAUAAAGCGAUCGACACUGUUAGUCUAAGUUACAGCCAUGCUGCUCAGGUUACUUUCAUAAUAUGCCAGUAUUUUUCUCUAAACGUACCCUACAAUACUCUACAGAUCCUAGGCAACAUUUGCAUUACGUCAAUAUUUCAGCAUCGCACCUAAAAAGUCGUUUCAGACUGUUGUAUAGAAACUAGCUCAGACGUUUUGUUUGUUCACCUUCGCCACAUUUCAGUUUAUUGAACAUUUCUUGUUUUUAACGU